UUUUUUCCGUUGGCUACAUUGAUUAUGAGUAACCAUUAAGGUAUAUCCGUUGGUAGUGUUGGUGUCUGUCGUUUGUUCUUUCUGCUUAAAGUUACAGAAUCGUCAACAUGGGCAAACCCCGUGGAUUGAAGACUGCAAGAAAACAUGUGAACCAUCGUAGACAACAAAGAUGGGCCGACAAAGACUACAAAAAGGCACACUUGGGAACACGGUGGAAGGCCAAUCCUUUCGGAGGAGCUUCACACGCUAAUGGAAUCGUACUUGAAAAAGUAGGAGUUGAAGCCAAACAACCUAAUUCUGCUAUUCGUAAGUGCGUAAGAGUCCAACUUAUUAAAAACGGUAAAAAAAUUACCGCAUUCGUACCUAGGGAUGGAUGUCUAAAUCACAUUGAAGAAAAUGACGAAGUCCUAGUAGCAGGUUUUGGACGAAAAGGUCAUGCUGUUGGUGAUAUUCCUGGAGUAAGAUUUAAGGUAAGCAAAUUCUCAAAACACUUCAGUUCUGGAAAAAAGUGUUGAAAGUCUGUUAUCAAA